GGCCGGCUAGCAGCUGCGGCUGCGUGAGUCACAGAACCGGCGUCUUCCUCUUUUUCCUCUCGGAUCCGCACCCAGCCAGAUGCUGUGCUUCCGCUGGCUGUCUUGCUCCGAUUGAGGCUGAGGCAGGCCCCAUGACAAGCUGGUGUGUGCAGGUCUCUGGAGGAAGAGAAGCGCCCACAUCUGGGAGCACACCCUGGGCGAGCUACCUGUGUUCCCCGAGAGGGGCCUGCAGCUGCCUGCGGCCAUGACCUGCCCAGCUGUGCUGCUCUUGGUCCUCCUGGCCAGUGGGGCCGAAGCCUUUCGAAUCUGUGCCUUCAACACUCAGCGGCUGACAUUGGCCAAGGUGGCCAAGGAGGAAGUAAUGGAUGCUUUAGUUCGAAUUGUGGCCCGCUGUGACAUCAUGGUGCUGCAGGAGGUGGUCGAUUCUUCUGAUGCUGCCAUCUCCCUCCUGCUGCGGGAACUCAACCGAUUUGAUGGCUCGGGACCGUAUAGGUCCCUGAAGAGUGACAUGCUGGGGCGCAGCACAUACAUGGAGAAGUAUGUGUACAUCUACAGGUCCCACAAGACACAGGUCCUGGAUUCCUACGUGUACCAAGACCAGGAUGACCUCUUCGCACGGGAGCCCUUCGUGGCCCACUUCACCCUGCCCAGCAAGGUCCUUCCCAGCCUGGUGCUGGUCCCACUGCACACCACUCCUAAGGACGUGGAGAAAGAGCUGAACGCCCUCUACGAUGUGUUUCUGGACGUCUCGCAGCACUGGCAGAACCAGGACGUGAUCCUGCUCGGAGACUUCAACGCUGACUGUGCGUCCCUGACCAAGAAGCGCCUCAGCGAGCUGCUCCUGCGGACACAUGCAGGCUUCCGCUGGGCGAUCGCCGACGGGGAUGACACGACGGUGCGGGCCAGCACACACUGCGCCUACGACCGCGUCGUCCUGCACGGGGAGCGCUGCCAGAGCCUGCUGCAGGCUGCGGCUGCCUUCGACUUCCCCAGGAGCUUCCAGCUCACCGAGGAGGAGGCCCUGAAAGUCAGCGACCACUACCCCGUGGAAGUGGAGCUGAGCCGGGCGGUGCACAGUGCGCAGCCCCUCCACCUGGCUACUCUGCUGCUGCUGUCCCUGCUGCUGUCCCUGCUGCCUGCUGAGCUGGGCCCACAGAUGUGAUGACAACACUACCCGCGGGACUCAGACCCCGGCCCUCCCGCCCAGCCUGCCCGAGGCUGAAGGCACUGCAGCCCACCUGCUUUUAGUUCGGCUAUACCUCUGCCUGCUAUGAGGAGAGGAAGCCAGGGACCCCGAGGCCACCCCAUGCUACCAGGCAGUGUCUGCGGUGAAGACAAAGCAGGGCUGCGGUGGGGGAGGGGGAGUGGUGCGGCUCAGCAGGCAUCACAACAGAUCCAGAUUUUAUUAUGACAAAAGGAAACCUAUACAUCGGGAAAGAAGCCACAGUUGUAGAAUAUCGCACAGGUGUAGCGGACGCCAAUGGCCUUUGAAUACGGAAUGCAAAGAAAUCAACAGGGAAGCACUAAGACCCCAGGUGGUACCGGGAUGGAACCAGGCAGUUGUAGCAAAAACAAUAGUUUCUGUGAACAAUGGGAAACGUUCCUGCUCCUUCUAAUUCAGGGAGUGAAUGGCCUAGAAACAGCCCAAGGUUUGCUGUCAGACUUGCCCUUAACCUAGGAGCGAGCAGUCUGGCUCCCACCCUCCAUGGUGCAGUCAGUCCACACUGAACAGAGAGCAAGCCAGCCAAGGCAGGUUACCAAGGCAACAGACCCACACCAAAAAUACAGUAGCCCCUUCUCAGGACAUCAGCACAGCUACUACCUGAAUACACAGUUGCCCAAGGACGCGACACACAGCCGAGGAGUAGCCUAUCUAGGAACCUACUGAUCCUAUCCUGGGUAUCAGUGUCCUGGGACACCCCCCCUCCCCCCCUCCAUUUUCCAAAGAAAGUAACAAUAAAAAUCACUG